UGUACGCUUGUUACAAAAUUCAGUUCACGCUGCUUUUUCAAUUUUUCUAUUUCGAGUUCUUAGCGCUCGCUAUUUUUUUUUGGGGGGAAAAAAGAUGCUCGGUCAAUUGCUUGCUUACGCCUGGGUGGUUUUGUGUAAUAUGAUUUUUAAGAGAUCGACGAGCGGGUGCGAUGAGCGAGUGAUGCGAGGGCUGGUUGUGCUCUCGUACUUCGUUUGGGAUAACAUGCAGAGAAGAAAACUAACCGAAAAAAUGGAAUUGGUACCAGUCGAAGACAAAAUGAACCAGGUCGCCGCGAUGGCGCCGUCUGUCAUUGGUAACGUGGUGGAGAGCGAGAUUAAUACCGACGAGGAGUCGACCAGCACCGAGAUCUCGAAGGACACCGACACCAGCAAGUAUGAGGAGCAACGGGAGGAUUACGAGGCGCAAGGUAGCGCAAAAAUAGUCGGCACUUCCGGUACGACUAGCUCCGCCGCCUCGGCGAAGAGCAGCGACGCGAAGAGUCGCGAAGAAUACUCCGAGGGCAAUCGCAAGGAAGAAGAACCGGAAGUGGCCCCCGCUUCGAAACCGCCACCUGAGGCGGUUGAGGAUAAGCCAAAGGAGACCUCUCCCGCACCGACCUCGACGCCAACAACACCCCAACCGUCGCAAGUCAAACCAUUUGAACCUAUCAAACCGUUCGAACCCUUACAGCCUCUGGAACCCCCGAAGUCGUUUGAGAUCGCCAAGCAAUUGGAAAGUGAGGCGAAAGCUUUGGAGAAGUCUACCGCUUCUGUUACUUCUCAGAAUGGCGAGGAAGAUGUACAGAAAGAGGAAAAGACAACUCCAACGAAGGAGGUUGCAGAAUCGCAGUCAAAGGCAGUGCCAGAAACUGCACCAACGGGGAAUGAGGCGAAACAGGCUGAGAGUAAAGGUGAAGAGAAAGUAGUUCCAAAGGAACCUUCCACAGACCAACCAGAUGCAAGUACUCCUUCUCAGCCUAAGCCCAAAGAACGAGAAUCUGAGCCAGUAGACCAACCCGCACAACCACAGGAAAUUAUUAAAGACCAAGCUGUUGCACCCACUCAACAAACACCUUCAGACCACCCUGUAGAGCCACCGGAUCCACCCAAAGUACAUUCAGCAGAUACCCAGCCACAAUCAACAACAAGCCAACCUGCACAUCCUCCAGACCAAGCUGUUGAUGCCCCUCCAUCUGCACCCACUCAACCCGAUUCUCCUAAUGUUCAUUCAGCAGAGGCUCAACCACAAUCAACCCAACCUUCAAGUGCUGAAAGUCCAAGUGUUGAUACCGUUCCAUCUGCACCAACGCAACAAACUUCGAAGGACCACCCUGUACAUACACCCGAUCCUCCCAAAGUCCAUUCAGUAGAGGUUCAACCGCAAUCAACUCCUGCAAGCCAACCUUCGGGUCCUGAAAGUCAAACUGUUGAUACCCUUACAUCUGCACCCACUGAACAAACUUCUAAGGACCACCCUGUACAUCAACCAGAUCCUCCCAAAGUUCAUUCAGCAGAGGCUCAACCACAAUCAGCCCCACCAGUCCAAUACUCAGGUCCUCAAACUCAAACUGUUCAUACUGUUCCAUCUGCACCCGCCCAACAAACUUCUAAGGACCACCCUGUACGUCAACCAGAUCCUCCCAAAGUUCAUUCAGCAGAGGCUCAACCACAAUCAACCCCUCCAGUCCACUCAGGUCCUCAAACUCAAACUGUUCAUACCGUUCCAUCUACACCCACGCAACAGACUUCACCCCAAAACCAAAUUCCUCAGACUAAAUAUCAACCGAUCACUCCCCCUCAACAACACUACAUCCCAGUGGCCCCCCAAGCCCAAAUCAGCGCGACCACCCAAACCCAACGCCCAUCCAAUUACCCACCCAGCGCCUUCCGAAACGUCCCGAUGAGUCUUCUGGCCGAACCGCCUCAACCCAAAGUACCGCUCCAGCCCUUCAACGCCGAGCCGACGUUCCAGCACGCCGAGUCCAAGAUCUACCAGCCGAUCCUGCGCAAGAGUCCCAUCUUCGUGCCCGUGCAGGAGCACUCGACCUCGCACAAGUCCGAAAUAAAGGAGGAGAAGAUCAAGGACGCCCUCAAGGAGAUCAUAUCGGAGAUCGACACGUACGCGGCGAAGGAUCGCGAGCUGCGGAGCGCGGACGGAUCGAGAAGGAUGAACGAGAGCGAGAAGGUGUACAACUUCGAGAAGUCGAGCACCACGUACGGAACUCAGUACGGACAAAAACCGAAAGACUCGUGGGUCGCCCGCUUGCCUUCGUGUUUACCCACCACACUGCCACCGAGACCAUGCACCCUACCACGCGACUUUCGCUCACCACAACCAUUCUACACACAGCGCUGCACCGACGAGCUUCGCGAAAGUUACAGCACCUACGCGUCGUCCGACUACGCCGCAACGCUGGACGAGAACGUCGCCAGCCCCAUCAACUUGGAGAAGAUCUUCACGCCCGCCCACGAUGCCCCCCAGAUCGCGCCCCAGAAGAAGAUGUUCGCCUCGUCCGACUUCUACGCGAAGGGCCUCCAUCCGACGAUGGAGGAGCAGGUGGAAUUGGCGCGACGAAUCUCGAGCUCCCUGAGCGACGCCACGAACCAGACGAGCAAGGGGCAGUCCAUGUACGUCAACAGAAAAAAGCGCUCCGUGAAAUGGGUGCACGAGGGUGAAGGUCAAGCGAAUGGCGCCGAGAAUGGUUUUGGUGUCGAGGGGCACGAUGAGAACAAGCCGCUUCUGCAGCUUGUUAUGAACCCCAGAGGUAAACUGCAGGAUAUCUACUCGCUCCGCAAGCAAGGUUAUAGCAUUGACGCAACCCUCUCCCCCGAGUUUUGCCAAGAGAUUGUACGCGAUUUGAAUUCGCCGCGUGGAAAAGGUGCCGAAUUAUUCGCGAAGAGGCGCAAGAAGUCCGAGAAGUGGGUCGUUGGUGAAACCGAAGGUACACGAGGGAGCUACGAGCCACCCCCGACUCCAAAGCCGAUUUUGAUACCGGUUUUACCCCCCAAUCACUUACCGACCCCCAGCUAUUUGCCCGAAACGGCCCAAAGGGCGCAGCACAAUCAGAAGCUUGAUCAAAUACAGGAACAGUUCGUACGCCCACGGGUGAAGUUGAUUAAAUCGCCGUGGGACGCCGCUUUGGAAACGGGAUCAGUUGAGGCCGCCUUCGAGGAUUUGCCACCGGUUUGGCCCAAACGUGGUGCCUUUGUAAGACCAACUGUCGACUCCUACGAACAGGCCAUGAAGUCCCACACUUUGGAGUCGUGGGAUGGUACCAGUAGGCACACCGCCAACCCUGCCUACAACAGCAACAGCAUUAAUCGAAUGGUAGAUCAUUUCCAAAAGGGCACUAGCAAUAUUGACGUAUACAAACCAGUACUACCAAGGGCCUGGAACGCACAAGCUCCACCAGUUCAACAAUACAGCAGCAUCGCUUCCCCCGUUAUUCCUGAACCCGAAGUAACCCGCUCCCCCUCGCCAUUCCCCACAAUUCCAGAUGUCACCCUUGAGACACCUAAACCGGAAUCGCCAGUACUACCACCGGCACGUCCCGCUUCGCCUUUCGUGUGCAUACCAGACGUACAAACCAACCUAGACCUACUCACCGACGACAUCCACUCCUUCCAAGAUCAACUCCCGCUAAUCUCCAGCUUGGAUCCCCCCAUGUCAUUCCCGACGAUUCCAAACAUCGAGCUAAACCCGGAGAUCAUCGAGCGCGACAUCGUCACGCUACGAACGACGCCGAUCCCCUUCCCCUCGCGCGAACCCUCCCCCGAAAGAGAACCCGAGAUCGUCCCCAACCCCUCCCCCUUCCCGAUGAUACCCGACUUCUCCCUCCAAAACGCGCCCAGGCCGUUCACGCGCGGCCUUCCCACCCGCACCUACGCGCCCGUCUCGCUAACCGGCAAAAGGUACCCGCUACAUCCAGAACCUCGCCCCGCCACCCCCGUCGAAAAGCCCGAGUUUAAUUUCGCGUCCGAUCCCGAACAGAAGGUCAUCGAGCGUGAGUUCGACGACGCGUCCAACGUGCACACCCUUCAGGGCGAGCUCUUCGAAAGCAUGGGGCACUACAACGCCAGCGAAACGCGCCCCCCGCUCCCCGUCUUCGUGCCGAAGGACGAGCGCAGCUUCUCCGAGCGCGUGCGCGAUCAGUUCGAGCGGCAGGUCAACGUGCAGUACGCGCAGCUGAGCGACGAGAGCGAGGUGAAGAAGAUGCUCGUCAAGAUGAAGCACGUCCAGUUCGGCAUUGACAAUUUACCUUGCGAUGAGCCCAAACCGCUCGAAACUCCACCUCCAGAAGAACCAAACGAGCCGAUCGAAACUGAGCCCGAACCGGUCCAGGAAUUAGAUUUACCUCAGGAGGUGAUGAAGCCAAUCGGAGUUCUCCCGCCGGAAAUCGCCGAGCUGGUCGUAAAAACCGAGCCGAACCAUAUCGAGAUUACACGCUACGAAACCAAAAAGGACCUAAACGUGGAGAAGCGCGGGAAUUUCGAAAUCGAGAGUCCCAAGUGUAAGAAGCCGCCUUCAAGCGUGGCAGGAGCCCGACCGUUAUUCGGCCAAAUGGACAUCAACGCCGAAUUUAAAAAGGCGCUCGGUAGGAAGAGCCGAUCCGAGCCGAAGGUAAAAAUUCGCCGAUCCGAAGUGAAAAACGAGCAGGAGCUCGGGGACGGCUCGAAGCUCUCCAGCCAGCUAACGACGAAGGAAGUCGCCGAGAUACGAACGAUCGCGAAGACCGACGACGAGGAGAUCGACCAGAUCUUCUACGAGAAGGAGCGUGAGGUGGAGAUGGACCUGCAGGUGAAGCGCGAGGAGUUGGUGAUGCCCGACGGUACUGUUAUACCCAUUGCGAGCAGUGUGCGCGUCGAGUACCCGCCCAGGCAUCUACUACGAGGCGACACCAACAAACUUAGCGAUGAUCUUCUAGUGGAGAGCUCGAAGCAGAUGAUCUACGCCCAGGCAAGCCACGACGAUGACGAGGAGAUGUACAGAAAAGUACCGGUACGGCACCUAAUUCAAAGCUUCGAGGAGUCUGCGAUGCCCCCAAUGCGCUACAAGCAGAUUAAAGACGUGACCGUCGUGCAAAGCGUCAUGGGUGACCAGAUCGUGCAGCAAACCACCCAGCACGAACAGCUCCUGAGGCAAGCGGAGGAAGACUUUGAAAACCUCUACACUGUCACGAACACCACAACCGAAGGCUUCCAACGAUCCUCAAUCCCCGAUAACCUCGCUUUGGCUCAAGAACCACCAUCAAGUCCGCUACCUCAAAGCAGACGCGCCCCCACCUACAAACCGGAGCCGCCACCCGCCGUCUUCGUGCCCAGGGAAACCACGACGCCCACCUACGAAAUCUACAACAUAAACCAGAGCACCCCGCCCCCGCCCCCCCGAAAGUACGGCAGCUUCGUCAACUACAACACGGCCCCGCGCGGCUGGGGCCAAUCGGCGGUCUACAAGCCGAUCAGUUACGCCGACUACUCCGACUUUUAGCCCAGAAAAAAAAAAUUGUUAAUCUUCAAUGUAAAUAUUAUCGAUGUUAAUGGACGCUUCAUUUCUUCUCGAUCCUUUUCUUCAGGAUUGUAGACAUGAGAUGCGAUUAUCGCUUUGUACGCAGCGCGAAGGGGGAGGGAGAGAGAGAGGCAUAUAUAUUUUAAUCUCAUGUGUGUAAUAAUUUGUGAUGUUUUUAGUAAGGCACAAUUCUGAAGGUUUUUUUGCGUUAUUUUAUUUUUUGAAAGCGCCGAGCGCCAUGUUGAUAUUUUCAAAGUAUUUACCAUAUGUAUUACUUACCAGAGUGUAAUUAUUAAAAUGUGAAAGAAG